GGGGUACAGCCCGUAUAUACGGCGUUCAUACCCCCGCCGCGUUCCUCCCCUUUCUCCUUCGCGCCAGAUCCAAUCGGAAAUUUCCAAAGCUUAUUGCCCCAGCGAUCCAUCGAAACCCUAGCCCACGCUUCCACCAUGUCCGCCGCCGUCGCCGGCCCCGUCCUGCGCGAGGACGACCGGGGCAUCCCCCGAUCCCUCCGCCUCCUCGCAACGCUCGUGGAGGCGGAGUCCCGCCGCUACGCCGCCGCCGCCGCAUCCCGACCCGCCGAGAGCAGCCUCCUCCGCGCCUUCCGCGGCGUCGCCGCCCCCAAGGUCCCGAUCCGCGCCUUCCUGGAGCGGAUCCACUUGCUGACCCGGUCCAUGCCUUCCACCCGGGGCAUGAUCCGGAUCGACGGCACCUGCUUCGUGCUCGCUGGCAUCUACCUAACUCGCUUCGUCCGCAGCCCCGCCGGCAGGGAGGCGGGGAUCCUGGUGGAGCCGGCCACCGCGCACCGCCUGGUGGCCGCCGCUGUCUUCCUCGGCGCCAAGUUCGGCGGCCACCCGCCCAGGAGGUGGACUGCGGUGUUCGAGGCCAGCUCGGAAGGCGCAAUCCGCGCCGGCGAGAUGCCGGACCUCGAGGGCCGCUUCCUGCGCGCCAUGGGCUUCCGCCUCUUCGUCGACAGUGAUGGGUUCGACGGGUUCUGCCAGGUCCUAGAGCGGGGUCCUCGGGCGCCAAGCAGCAGCGGUGGCGGCUGCGCCUGCAAGAAGAGGCAGGCGGACGCGGCGGCCGGAGAGGAGGACGAGCGCCGCCACGUCCGCGCGCGCCUGCUGCCCCCAUCCGUCGUAUCCAAUUAGGGUUUGAAUUUCAAGUUUGACAUUCAUUCCAUUUAACAAUUCUUCUGGUUUUAGUUGCUUUUGGCAAGGCUGCGAGUAGAAGAUGCCCAGGAUGGAGAACAAGGCGUGGUCCAGCGUCAGUCUCUGGAGCCUGCCUGGAGGGGAGUCAAACAAAUCUUAGUUUUAGUUUUAGUUUUGGCUCAGUCAAUGAGUUGGUUGCUUUUCAUUGUUCGGCUGUUUAUUUGGCUGCAGGUGUUCGAUGCUGUGCAUGCGAGUAGAUGAUGUCCGAACUGAUGAAGGUGUCUGCUGGUGUUCGAUGCUGCGAGUAGAUGAUGUCCAAAGUGGGGAAGGCGUCGUUCAGCGUCUGAAUGUCUGAUCAAGGUUCAGCUGCUCGUCUCCAAAGUUGCCAGAGCCUGGAGGAGGGAGUCAAGGAAAUCUUUGUCUUUCCCAAGGCUGUUCGAUCCACUACUGGAGUGAAAGACUUCAUUACUAGUACUUGGUUUUCAAGAUUUGGAGUCAAUAAAAAGGGCACAAUAUUAUGUUUUAUACGUUGAAGUUUUAGUGCUUAAGUCUGUUGGAUCUAUGCCAACUCAAUGAGAGUAUAGUGUCCUUAGUUCUGUCAGAUGUCAUGUCACUUCAAAGGAGGUCUCUGAUUAGGAUUGAUUCUUCAGUAAUGGAUUUCAGUCUGAUUCUUUUCUUC